AUGGCCGGCGGAGGAGGCAAAUACCGACACUUGAGCCGGAACUCCGCGCAUCGUCAAGCCCUGCUUCGCAACCUGGUCACCUCCCUCUUCGAGCAUGAGACUAUCACAACGACAUGGGCCAAGGCCAAGGAGGCCCAGCGUCUGGCCGACAAGCUGAUUACACUGGGAAAGAAGAACACCGAGGCAAGCCGGAGACGGGCAUUGGAGAUUUUCUACACACCACACGCCCUGCUCCCCAAACUCUUCGGUCCCCUCCGCGAACGCUACGCAGAGCGCCCAGGUGGCUACACACGAGUCCUGCGCGUUGAACCCACCCAAAAAGUCGAAUACUUCUCUGUCAAGAAGGGCAGCAAGCUCGCUCCCCCCGAGCGCAAACCCCAACCUCAGCACCCCAUGGCAAUCCUCGAGCUGGUCGAUGGUCCUAAAGAUAUGCGCUUUGCCAUGACGGCGCUUACAUUGGCGCGUGAGCGCUCCAAGGGCCGUGAUGUGCCGCACGGUCUGACAAGAUUGAAUGUUCAGAAGGUUACGCAGUUCCAGAAGGAUGGUGUUGAGGUUCUUGAGCGGGCUAUUUCGAAGUUGAGCCUUGGUCGGAAGGAGAAGAAGGCCGAGAAGGAGUAA